AUGGAAGAAUAUACACUUUGCUCCUCAAGUACUGAACAAGGUGAAAUACCGGUAAUUCAUGUAAAGAGAUUCAAAGAAGAGCCUCCGCUGUUUCCAAGAACACGAUCCCAGUUACAGUAUAUGUAUUUGCCAAAUAAGCCUUUGUUUGUAGGGCCAAAUACUAUUCCAAGAUCCUGUGACUACCAAGCAAAUGUACUCACAACCAAGCUUAAAAAAAGACUUAAGCAUGACCUUCCAUAUCCGUUUCUAUGUCUUUCAAUGAAUUCAGACAAGACGUUCUUUGAGGACAAAUUUGCCCUCGUCUCUAAGGUCCAUGAGGUAGAAAACGUAGUAAGCGAUCUAUUCUUGACUAAGACUAAGGAAAGGAUAAUACACAUCAAGGAUGAGGUAGGCACAGGUCCCGAGGGGAGGAACGAAAUAAAGCUCGAGCAUAUAAAGGACAAGCAGAAUGAUACAUAUAAGGAUGCUUGCCAGGACUUCUUGGCAGGAAAGUUAUUUGAAGACGGCGAGGCAAGAAGGGUAAAUAUCAUCAUCAAGGACUCAACCAUUAAUAGUCUUCUGAAGAAAGACGCAUACAUACAUUUCUAUGUGAAGAAGAAGGAUGGCAAAUUAUAUGCGGUUUUUGAUGAAGUGUAUACAAGAGAAAUUAAGUAUUAUGAUUACCUCUCCAGGUACGGGGAGGAGGUUAUUAGAUCUUUAAAAUCUUCUGAAAUCAGAGUAUAUUCUAGCGAAGAGGUCACUGUUGCUGUGUACUCGUCAACACUUUUUUAUAGCUCUUCUGGAAUCCAAAGACUAUUCUAUGGAAUUGAUGUCGAGAAGUCAAUCGAUGUUGUGGUUAACAUUGAGGACGUAAGAGCCGUGAGAAGCUCGGGUGCAUUAGGCGAUGAGAUGAAGGUGAUUUUUGGAAUUGGGGUUGAGGAAGGUGAAUAUGUCCUCAAUGACGGCAGAAUAUACGCUGUAAGUCCUAACGGGGAGAAGUUUGUGUUCGAUGGGGUUGUGUUUACUGAUUUCCUGGAUAACCAGGAGUCCACAAGUGACUAA